AUAUUGAUGCAUGUAUGGAUCUGUGGAAGGGUUUAGAUCACUGGAGCUCAGACGGAGUCACCGUUGGGACUUGCCACAUUACCACUCCCGCCUAAAGACUAGCUGUAAAUCAGUUUCAGUGAGGUGAAUUAUUAACCGAGACCGUCACAUUCCUCGUGCUGAUUCAGCCGUUCUCUUGAUCCCACCGAGACCUCGCUCUUUUUGAAAAAGAAUUAAAACAUUUCAUCAUAUGCUCGAGCGUCUGUCAAUCAGCAACCAUGAUUUGAAGUCAGAGCAAACCUCGUCCUGCAGUCCGUCCACGUUUUGUGGCUUUGACAACAGUUGCAGCACACGGCUCAGAUAAGAAGUGCUGUUAAAGAGAAGAGAGAGGGGACGGCUCGAACGCUGCCUAGACAAGACUGUUGUGAAAGUUUUGAAGCUCUUGGCAGGAAUGCAGUGACAGGUCUGGACCUGAACUUCCGCAUUAAGCAGGAAGAAGUCAAGAAGUCAGAACGGCAGAUACAAUCCACACCCUCAGCACACCCAAAAUCUGUCUGUAUUUCUUGGUGUUGAGCUGUGUUAGAGAAUAUUCUGAGGUGGAGCUGACGUCCAUGAAGCUGUUAUCUUGAAACUAGAACAAGGAUUAAUACAUUUGAAAAGAUGGACGACAUUGACGCCAUGUUCAGUGACCUGCUGGGGGAGAUGGACCUCCUCACUCAGAGUCUCGGGCAGGAAACAGUACCUCCUGCAUCUCCACCCAGCACCAACAAGGAAGUCAACUUCUCCAUCGGCUUCACCGACCUGAAUGAGUCUCUCAAUGAACUGGAAGACACAGAUCUGGACGCGCUCAUGGCUGAUUUGGUGGCCGACCUCAAUGCGACGGAAGAGAAACUUGCAGCAGAGAUACAGGGUCUGAAGGUGCCAUCACCGCCCCCGUCAGACUUACCGCCUCCACCUACGGACCUGAGCACACACCCUGCCUCAUCGUACGCUUCCCCAACCUCACCAGCGAGCAGCACCGGCAGCAGCGUCAGCACCCCGGCCUCCUCUGCCACCUCCCCUAUACCACCUCCUCAGUCUUCAAAGCCUACAAAGGAGGAAAUCGAGGCGCAGAUGAAAGCGGACAAAAUCAAACUUGCUCUUGAGAAGCUCAAGGAAGCCAAAGUGAAGAAGCUGGUGGUGAAGUUUCUGUUGAACGACGGCAGCGCUAAGACGCUGAUGGUCGACGAGAGGCAGACUGUCAGGGAAGUUCUGGACAACCUGUUCGAGAAGACUCACUGCGACUGCAACGUGGACUGGAGCCUGUGCGAGACCAACCAUGAGCUGCAGCUCGAGCGGACGUUUGAAGACCACGAGAACCUCGUGGAGCCUCUUCUCGCCUGGACGAGGGACAGCGAGAACAAAAUCCUCUUUCAAGAGCGCAGGGAAAAAAAUGAGGUUUUCAAAAACCCACAGAACUUUUAUCUAUGGAAGAAGGAUAAGAAAGCUCUCAAAGACAUAAAAGACAAAGACAAGGAGUUAUUAGUACAGGAGAACUUCUGCGGGACUUCCAUCAUCGUGCCUGAUCUCGAGGCGGUGCUGCACCUCAAAGAAGACGGCAAGAAGUCGUGGAAACAGCGGCUUUUCCAGCUGAGGGCCUCAGGAAUUUAUUACGUGCCCAAAGGGAAGACCAAGUCUUCCCGUGACCUUGUCUGCUUCGUCCAGUUUGACAAUUUAAACGUCUACUACGGCAAAGACUUUAAGAGCAAAUACAAAGCACCCACUGACUUCUGCUUUGUGCUGAAGCAUCCUCAGAUCCAAAAAGAGUCUCAGUACAUCAAGUACCUGUGCUGUGAUGAUGCUCGGACCAUGAACCUUUGGGUGACUGGAAUACGUAUUGCAAAGUAUGGCGUGUCGUUGUAUGAGAACUUUAAAACGUCCGAGAAGAAGGCGGCCGUCAGCUCCGUGUGGACGAACCGCAGCACUCCAUCGAGCUCCAAUCCAUCAACCCCCUCACCAACCAUCAAAGCUAAAUCACCAAACCAGGCCAACGGUCACGCUCCCACGCCGCAACCAGGACCGAUUUCUGCGGACUUUGGAAAUAUUCCACCUCCACCUCCACCAAUGGCCGAGAUCCUUCCCCCACCACCUCCGGACCCCGCCUUCCCUCCACCACCUUCUUUGCCUUCCAAAGGUUCCCCAAAACCUUCUCUCCCCCAGCGAAAACUGCCAACCAACUUCCCCCCACCUCCACCUUCAAUGGACAACCUCCCUCCUCCUCCGCCGCCACCACCCAUCGACGAUGCCCCGCCAGACUUCCUUCCACCCCCUCCACCUACCUCUGGCUUUGGUUCACUGCCACCUCCUCCGCCCCCGAUGAGCUCCUUACCGCUGCCGCCUCCCCCAGCUAGUUUUGGGCGUAUGGACCAGUCUCUGCCUCCUCCACCGCCGGAUCCAGAGUUUUUACCACCGCCUCCACCUGAGCCAGUGUUCACAGGUGGGGGUGGAGGACCACCUCCACCUCCUCCUCCGCCUCCUCCACCUGCUGCUGGAGGAGGAGGUGGUUUCCCAAGACCAGCGUUGCGGCCUGUUGGCUCAGUGAAAAAGAUGCCUCCUGCUCCGCCAAAGAGGACUACACCAUCGCUGCAGGGAGGAGGAGGAGAUGGAGACUUAAUGUCUGAACUGAUGCUGGCCAUGAACAAGAAGCGUGGCGCUCAUUAACGAGGAACUUGUGGAGUAUAAAUAUAGUACGAACUGCACCCGCUCAACGAUGAUCUCAGCUUCUCUUCACAUCCACAACAUCUCCACCAUGAAGCCGGUGGAGAUCAACAGACUUCAUCUUCAUCCUUGCUUAUCCACAUAAUCUCGCAUGAAUCAAAUGAGAGGGUGUUUAUUCUUCAUACCAGUCAAAAUCUUUUACACAUGACCUGUUUUGUACAGUGUUUGAAAGCUUGGGUUCACAAUGACUGUCACACUUUGCUUAAAGACAAAAAAAAUUAUGAUCUGUAAGGUGUAAAAACAUUCUGCUGUCGUCAUACUUUUAUAGAGUUGUAUAUAUUGUCACACGUUUGCAUCGAGUGCUGUACAAUAAAAUCACAAGUUACUUA